CCUAUUAAAAUCCCCACUAAUCGUUAUCUUUUUAGGGUUCCCAAUUUCGGUUUCUCUCUCCGAUCCAUUUUCAACCCUUAAAAGGCCGACUGACACAGCGAAACAAGGCUCAAUCCAUGAGGAUUACACACUGCUUCUACUCUACCACCAACUGUACAUAACGUUUCUCACGCCAUUUUCGUCUUCCAUUCUCGCGCAAACCCUAGGAUUUUGACCUGUUAGGGUUUUUUUUUUUGGUUGGUUUUGUUGCGAUCGUCGGUCCAGAUAUGGAUGGUUACGAUAACGGAGCUAGAGUUCUUCAAGUCGCGUCUACAUCCGAGGAUCUCAAGCGUUUUGGAGACAAUUCCGCGGAAGAUGCUCGAUUUGAUGCAUCGCAGUAUGCAUUUUUUGGGAAGGAUGUUAUGGAGGAGGUUGAAUUAGGGGGAUUAGAGGACGAGGAGGAUGAUGCACUCGCUGGUGGGAUUGAUGAAGAGGAGUUUUUGUUUGAUAAGGAGAGUGAGGAUUUUAGACCUACAUCUGAUAUUGAUGAUCUCGUUACUUCAUUUGAAAAGUUCAACAACGUUGGAGGUGGGCCAAGGGGAGUUAUUGGAGGCAGAGUAUUGAGAGAAAGUUCGUCAGUCAAUGAAUGGGCACGCGAGGAGGGUUUUUCUAAUUGGCUUGCCCAGCAAGCCUACGAUGAUGAAAGUGCUCAGGAAGGCAAAAGAUGGUCAUCACAUCCACAUUCUUCUUCCCUUGCAGAAUCCACGUCUCUGUAUAGGACAUCGUCAUACCCUGAUCAGCCACAGCCGCAGCAAUACCACCAACAGUUCUCUAGUGAUCCAAUUUUAGUGCCAAAGUCUCCAUAUCCUCCAACUGGAAUGUCUCCUCAAGCUUCACCAAACCACGUAAAUAUGCCUUUUGUUCCUGGUGGACACCAUGUUGCAUCGUUAUCUCCAUCAAAUCUCACACCUCCAAACUUGCAGAUUGGUGGCUUUAAUCCCGGAGCACGCUUCGGAGGAAAUAUGCCACAACUCAGUGCUGGCCUCUCUAUUAACAGUGGGCCACCGAGCCAAUGGAACAACCAAACGGGCAUGUUUCCCGGAGAACAUUCAAGUCACUUGAACAAUUUAUUGCCUCGUCAGUUAUCAAAUCAGAAUGGAUUUCCACAGUUACUCCCACAAUCACAGCAGCAGCAGCAGCAUAGGUUGCAGCAGCCUCCAUUUGGUGGCUCUCUACCAGGUUUUCAGUCCCAUCUUUUUAAUUCCCAUAUUUCUUCAGGCCCACCGCCCUUAAUGAACAAGUUGGAAGCCAUGCUUGGUGGUCUACCAGAUAUGAGGGAUCAAAGGCCUAAGUCUGUUCAGAAAGGUAGACAGAAUGCUCGUUUUAUCCAUCAGGGUCAUGAGAACAAUAGUUUUAAGAAUGAUUUUGGGUGGCCUUUCUAUAGAUCCAAGUAUAUGACAACUGAUGAAUUAGAGAAUAUUGUUAGAAUGCAGCUUGCAGCAACUCAUAGUAAUGAUCCGUAUGUAGACGACUAUUACCAUCAGGCCUGUCUCGCAAGAAAAUCUGCGGGUGCAAAGUUGAGACAUCAUUUCUGCCCCAAUCAACUAAGGGAUCUUCCUCCCCGUGCCCGUGCUAAUAACGAGCCACAUGCUUUUCUUCAGGUCGAAGCACUUGGUAGGGUUCCAUUCUCAUCGAUUCGCAGACCUCGCCCUCUCCUUGAAGUUGAUCCACCGAGUUCGUCUGAUGCUGGAACCACUGAACAAAAGAUUCCAGAAAAGCCUCUUGAACAGGAGCCUAUGCUGGCAGCUAGAGUUACAAUUGAAGAUGGUCAUUGUCUACUCCUUGAUGUGGAUGAUAUUGAUCGUUUCCUGCAAUUCAAUCAGUUCCAAGAUAGCGGUGCUCUGAGAAGACGUCGUCAGGUCCUACUAGAAGGACUUGCAGCAUCGUUUCAUAUAGUUGACCCACUUGGUAAAGAUGGUCGUGCAGUUGGGCUGGCUCCUAAAGAUGAUUUCGUUUUCUUGAGGUUAGUAUCUCUUCCGAAGGGCCGGAAGCUUCUAGGGAAGUACCUUCAGCUGCUCGUACCAGGAGGUGAGCUUAUGCGAAUAGUUUGUAUGGCUAUUUUCCGCCAUUUGAGAUUCUUGUUUGGAAGUCUUCCUUCCGAUCCUACUACAGCAGAUUCUGUUAAUGAUCUUGCAAGGAUUGUUUCACUGCGUACCCAUGGUAUGGAUCUUGGAGCAUUAAGUGCAUGUCUUGCAGCCGUAGUUUGUUCCUCAGAGCAACCUCCACUUCGCCCUCUUGGGAACCCGGCUGGAGACGGGGCAUCCUUGAUUUUGAAAUCUGUUCUUGAGAGGGCUACGGAACUCUUAACCGAUCCUCAUGCUGCAAGCAACUACAACAUUACUCAUCGAGCUCUUUGGCAGGCUUCUUUCGAUGAAUUCUUUGGCCUUCUUACAAAGUACUGUGUGAAUAAGUAUGACAGUAUCAUGCAAUCACUCCUGAGACAAUCCCCACAGAAUGCAGCUGCGGCAGUCUCAGAUGCAGCAGCUGCCAUCAGUCAAGAAAUGCCGGUCGAAGUAUUACGUGCAAGUCUUCCCCACACCGACGAGCAUCAGAGAAAAGUGUUGAUAGAUUUCGCCCAACGCUCGAUGUCCGUUGGUGGUCGCAACAAUUUUGAGUCCGUGUGAUGGAAUUUGUGGCCCCCUAUCUUUAGUUCUCAACGAAGGAAAGAUCCUUCAGAAUAAUCUCACCAUCACAUAUGGGAGGACAAAGGAGAAUCCCCUUCCUCCAUUUUGAGGUCUCUACUGCUCCCUUAAUUUUUCUUUUGAUUUUUGGUACACUGGGCGAAAGGGGAGUGCAAAAAGUGAUUCUACGCAUAGAAUUAUUCUUCGUUUAUGUUUAUUUUCGGAAAUUCAUGUUUAUGAUUUUAGCUGACACUUCCAAGCAAACGGCGUCGUAUUGGGUUUAGUUUUAACUUUUUGGCUUCGGUUCGGUUUGGAGAGAGCUUUAGAAAUUAGAUAUGCUGUUAAAUGGUGGGUGGUCCAGACGAUACGAUAUGUGGGGGUUAGAAGAAUGUACAGGUUCGGUCUGAGAUCGAUUACCCACGGUCCUUCACUAUUAAUACCUGAGGAGGUGGGGUGGUUUUUGGUGUUUAAAAUCACUACUCAUGGUGCUUGUUUUAUAUUUUAAUUAUUAUGUUAUAGUACAAAACGGGGUGACAAAAAGGAAAUCUUGAUGCAAAUACAAAGUAAUUUUGGGGGGUCGGUAUGGAUUAUGGAAUGGAUGGAUGUUUUUAGCCCAAAGUGAGGGGGUAGAUCUUUUGGUGGGAAGUUUUCCAAUUCUUUCUUUCUUUUUUUUGGGACAUCAUUUGUAUUUACUAAAUUGCACGUUGUGUUGUGCUCUUGUAUCUUCUAUGGUUCGAUGAAAUGCAAUAACCACCUUUUUGUACUC